AUGAAUGGUAUGUCCAUGAGCAGCAGUAUGAGCAUGGACACGAUGUCCAGUGCUAGCAAGACAUUAGCCUCGAGUAUGACAUCGAUGAGCAUGGCCGCAAUGUCCAGUGCUAGCAAGACAUUAGCCUCGAGUAUGGCAUCGAUGUCGGGCAUGUCGAUGGGUAGUAGCUCAAUGUCGAGCAUGUUGAUGGGGAGUUCUUCUGCAACAAUGAGCUCGACCAGCGCUUCUGCCACUUCAGAUUCUAGCAUGUCAGAUAUGUCAGGUAUGUCAGGUAUGUCAGGUAUGUCAUCAUCAAGUAAUAGCAGUUCUUCAGAAAUGGAUAUGGACAUGAAUAUGGGAAUGAACUAUUACUUAACUCCCACAUAUAAGAACUAUCCUGUUCUAUUUCAUCAUUUGCAUGCGAACAACAGCGGUAAGGCCUUUGGUAUUUUCUUACUAUUUGUUGUAGCCGCUUUUGUUUAUAAACUAUUGCUUUUUGUUAGUUGGUGCCUUGAAGUUCACUGGUUCAAGAAAUGGGACAAGAAAAACAAGUAUUGUACUUUGUCUUCAGCAAAUACGGAGAAUGAAGAAGUAUAUUAUGGCACUGAUAACCAAUUCGAGAUUCAAGGUCUACCCAAGUUACCAAAUUUACUUACAGACAUAUUUGUUCCAUCUUUAACAGAUCUCUUCCACGACAUUAUAAGAGCGUUUUUGGUAUUUACAUCCACUAUGAUUAUCUACAUGUUGAUGCUUGCUACUAUGUCUUUUGUAUUAACGUAUGUUUUUGCUGUAAUUACUGGCUUAGCUUUGUCAGAAGUCUUCUUUAAUAGAUGUAAAUUGGCCAUGUUGAAGAGAUGGGAUAUUCAAAGAGAAAUUCAAAAAACAAAGAAAUGUCCUGGCUUUGAGAAUUGCCAAUGUGGCAGACAUUCUAAACCAGUUCCUGAUCCGGUUGCUGUUGCUGACACUACUUCGGCUAGCGAUCAAAGUACCCGAUUAGAAAAGAAUAACGAUUCCAAACCUGCAGUUUCCGACAGUAAUCAUAAAGAAACAUUUACACAAGAAGACGGAUGUAAUUGUGCUAAGGUCUCGAGGAAAAACCAAGCGAACAUAGAGCGCGACAUUCUUGAAAGUUCCAAGCUGCAGGAACAGUCUGGAAAUAUGGACCAAAACUUACUUCCGGCUGAAAAAUUUACUCAUAACUAA